CAUAUUCUUAUCGCCGACUUCAGCAGACCAAAAGUAACAUACCUGAUUGUUGCGAGUCGCGCACAACAGUAUGGCGUGAGUGGUUCUCGUCAUUCCUCAUGGUCCGACACUGACGUAGGGCAAUUGCAGGAGCUCAUAGCCAUCGCGCGUCGAAUCUGCGAGCGUCCAGCCGACGAAUAUAAGGCCUAUGUUCAUUUCAAUCAGGCGCAUGUGAUGCACGGGCGGCGGAGGGCGAGUGGGACAAUGGGUGUUACUUCGGACCGGAGUUUUGCGGGGCUCGGGACUUGGUGGUGUUUGUACACUUCGAGCGGUGGUCGCUCACUGAGAAACUUGAUAUGUCAAAGAGUCACUUGUGUCUUGGUGAAGAGAUGCAUAUGAGCGCGGAGGAGAAAGAAAUGGCAAGGCUAAGGAAUAUGGGCGACGAAAAGGCAAGGGCUGAGGCGGCGUGUCACGGAAGAGGAAGACAGGAACGAAUUCGUUCCGGAAGGACGUCUCGACACCUCGAAAUUCCCCUGGCCGAUCACCUACCCAUCACAAAUUCCACCAACAGAACUCGUUACAGAGCAAGUCAUCACAGUCGAUGCCUACGCCACCAGAACCCACCACUUGGACCUCAUCGUUGGCCGCGCAAAACUUAUACCUCAUGCCUUGAGACUAGACACAAACAUAACGCCUACACAUACAUCCCUUCAAGAUACGGCAAGGUGCCCAAUCGCAUGGGUGAAAUACAGAUACCGAACGACGAAGUGGAGUGCCUACCGGAGUUUGAUGGGAAUACAAAGCAAAAGCGCUCGGCCAAGAUGAUAGCUGCGCUAAAGAAGCACCACGCUGACGGUGCUGACUCCGACUUCACGAUCAUCGACACAUACACCGGGAGCAGCUUGCUGGACUGGGAUAUCAUCAUUGGCUAUGCGCGGCCAGGAAUUUGUGUUGAUCCGGAGGUGAGACCCCUUGUGCGUGCCAGUCUUACCAACGAUGAUAAGAUCACGCUGUAUAUGCCGGCGGGGUGUGGAGUCGAUAGGAAUAGGGUUGAUGGGGAGCUGCUGGUGGCUAUCAGGGACAUAAAGGUGUGGAAGGAGUUCGAUGCACCCAUAGAGUCUAGGCGGAGGUAACUGGUCAAGGAGGCCUUGGUGAGGAAGAAGGAGGAGAAAUUGGGUGAGAGUUGUUGCAGGGUGAGUAAGGAACUGCGAACGGCGGGGGGCAGGGAGGACGGUGCUGCUGGAGUGGUGGAUGUGUAAUUUUGGCAUGAGCCAAGGGUGUUUGUUAUGGAUAUGCUGGUUUUGCGGCGGCCGGGGGUUCUUU